AUGGUUGAUGUUCUUUAUUCACUUGUGAAUGUCAAUGAACGAUUUGAUCGAUUAGUACUUGAUCCUCUUUAUAUUCGUAAUCUUGAUAUAACUUUGAAAUCAUCGUCUGAUGAUACUUCAUCAAUAUCUGAUCAAGUUCUCGAUAGAAUUUGUAAAAAAGUUUUACCUCGAAUUCAUUAUUAUGUAAAUAAACUUACUGUUGAACCAUAUUCAAUAGAACAUCUUCUUCUUAAUGUCAAUUUUUAUCCUCAACUUUUCUCAUUAUCAUUUAUUAAUUUUAAAGAAGAAAUGCUUCAUCAAUAUUUAACAGAUAAUUCAAUUCUUCAACGUCGUCUAGUUGAACAAAUCACGCAUCUUAAUAUUAGUAUUCAAAAUAAGAUAACACCAAUAUUUCUUGAAACAAUAUUUUUUGAAACUUUACCAAAUGUAUUCGUAUUAAUUUUAUCUUUAUGUAAACGAUUAAUCAAGUUGGAUUUUUGUCAAUUGUUUCCUGAUCAAAUGUGGUCAAUUAGUAUGUUUGUUUUACCAUCAAUAAAUUGUAUGUCUUUAACAUUGACUCAAUUGAAAAUAAAUGUCAAUAGUUUUGAUGCUUGUCUUUACCUUCUUGAUGGAUGUCUCGAUAAUUUAUCGACCUUGAUUAUAAAUAUAUCGAAAAUUUCUCGUACAUUAUCAAAUAUAGAUAAUAUGAAAAAACUUUUCAAAUUGAAAUGCUUUUCAUUGAUCUCGAUUGAUUAUACAUAUCAUUAUGAUAAUCAAAUUAUUCCAUUACUUCGUCGUAUGAUAAAUCUUGAAGAAUUAAUAUUAUCUUUGUCGGUAAUAAGAGUUGACUUAACUUAUAUUGAUGGUACACAUUUACAUGAAGAUAUUCGAAUUCAUAUGCCACUAUUAAAUAAAUUUAUUUUCAAUAUAAAUACAGCUGCUAUCAAGAAGAAUAUUAACAUUGAUCUUCCAUCUAAUGAAGACAUUCAACGUAGUUUUAUCGAGAGAGGAUAUCAACAAGUUGGUUUCUAUGCCGAUUCUACAGUAAUCGAAGAUCAAGGAAGAUGUCAUAUUUAUUCACUUCCUUAUCAAUUCGAAAAUUUUCUUCAUCUUAACAAUUCUUUUCGAGGUGGUAUGUUUAAUAAAGUUCGAUACUUAAGUAUGACUGAUGAUCGUCCUUUUGAACAUGAAUUAUUUAAAAUCAUCUCACAAGAUUUUCCUUUUCUCGAAAAGUUAUCUAUAUGUAACAAAAAACCACAAAAAAAUAAGCAACAUUCGUCUACAUUGAUUACAUUUUCUCAUCUUAUUUUUCUCGAUCUGAAGCCAGCACAUAUGAUUUAUGCUAAACAGUUUCUUCUGGAACAAAAUACUCAUCUACCUCGUUUAUUAAUUCUCAAUAUUAGAUACAAAACACUUACAAAAGUAACAAAUAAUUUUACUAACAAUGCAGCACGUCUCAAUUGUAGCAAAUUGAAAUAUCUUCAUAUAAAUGGAACUUAUGAUCUUCCAUCGAAUUUUCAUCAAUAUUUUCCUUC